UGCUCGACACAUCAACACCACAUUUGCAUAUAGAGGUCAGUAAGGAAUAUGGCCCAUGUCAGGCUGCCCUUUGUGGUGUUUUUGUUCGGUGUUUGUGCUCCUAUAGCCAGUGCUGGGUUUACUACCACAAAAAUAGGACCGAAGCCCAUUUGGAAUUCCACACACACCGAUAAGCUUAGACAAGACCUUCUGCUGAAUUAUGAUAAGUUCGCAAGACCAGCACAGCACUACAACAAGACCACUGUCCGGUUUGGAAUGAACAUCAUACAUAUUGAGGUGAAUGAGUUCAAAUCCACCUUAACCGUCCAUUGUUGGCUGCGUUUGGUAUGGACAGAUGAAAAAUUGCAAUGGAACUCCACAGACUACGGAGGAUUAGAAGUUUUGCACCUAGCUGAACAUGAAGUUUGGCAGCCUGAUAUAUAUCUGUAUAAUAGUGCUACAAGUACCUCGAUUAACCAAUACGCUAAUACUCACUGCCUCGUUUAUUCCAAUGGAGAAGUGCUGUGGGUACCUCCUGCCCAGUUCACGGUACUGUGCAGUUUGAAUCUAAAAUAUUGGCCCUUCGAUACACAGGAAUGCUACAUGAAAUUCGGAUCCUGGACUUACAACGGCGACCAAAUCGACAUGAAGUCGUACAACAACGCAACAGCAGCAGAAGUGGAUCUUAUAAUUGACAACAAUGAGUGGGCAAUCGUCAAAACCUCCCAGAAACAAUCCGUUAUAUAUUAUGCUUGUUGCAAAGAGCCCUAUCCAGAUAUUACUGUCAACCUAACCUUAUCGAGGAUAUCUCCUUCUUAUAAGGCUGUUAUCGUGACUCCAGCAUUUGUUGUCAUAGUAAUGACACUGUUGAACUUUUGGUUACCACCCCAAGCUGGAGAAAAAAUUUUGCUCAACGCGUGCACAGCUGUCAUAAUAUGUUUGUACAUGUUAUAUUUCACCCAGAAAUUACCAGCAAUGGGCACCCACACGCCUCUGAUAGUGUUAUUUUACAGUAGCUGCUUGUAUAUCGUCUCAUUUUCUAUGAUCGGCUCAGUGAUAGUUAUUUCUUUGUCGAGGACCAGACACUCGAACUCUAUACCGUGGAUCAUCAAGCAGCCACUGACAGGCACGAUUGGUAAAAUAUUGGGCCUUAAUACCUACAUUCAACAGUCCACCAUGAGCUCCCACCGCGUGACAGCGGAGGAAAUGCGAGAUCACCAAGUGACAGAUUUCGACGACAUCAACAGCGGAGACGAACAUCACAUCAUUCGCUCGCCCUUAAAUUCCAACAAACCGUCACUGCAGAAAGAUUGGAUCCUCCUGGCGGCGGCCAUAGACAGGAUUUCAUUCGUUUUUUAUUGUUUACUGUUCCUUAUCCUUGCCGUGGUUUAUUCUCUCUGAGACCGGUUAAGGUAUUCGUUAAGCAGUUGUUUUUGUAAAUUGUAUAAGUCUGUAAGUACGUAUUUUUCUUGUAGCUACUGGUUAUUUACCAAUUUUAUUUCUUACUUUUAAACUUUAGAAGCACUAGUAGGUAUAAGCUAGUUCGGGUUAAUACAAUAAACUGAAUAAUUAAA